GGGGGCGCGGUGGCUCCCCGCGCUGACCCUCCCUCUUGGCACGGCAGGUCCCGGGACGCGGACGCGGUGGUGGCACCAUGGCGGAGCUCACGGCUCUGGAGAGCCUCAUCGAGAUGGGCUUCCCCCAGGGACGCGCGGAGAAGGCUCUGGCCCUCACGGGGAACCAGGGUAUCGAGGCCGCGAUGGACUGGUUGAUGGAGCAUGAAGAUGACCCUGAUGUGGACGAGCCUCUCGAGACGCCCCUGGGACAUAUUCUGGGACGGGAGCCCACCCCAUCGGAGCAGAGUGGCCCAGAAGGCCCCGGGUUGGGCACGGGAGAAGGCAAGCGGGCUCUGAGCGAGGAGGAGAGACGGGAACAGACCAAGAGGAUGACAGAGCUGGUGGCGCAGAAGCAGCGGGAGCGGGAAGAGCGAGAGGAGCGCGAAGCCCUGGAGCGGGAACGGCAGCGCAGGAGGCAGGGGCAGGAGCUGACGGCCGCACGGCAGCGGCUGCAGGAGGAUGAGCUGCGCAGGGCCGCCGAGGAGCGGAGGCGGGAGAAGGCGGAAGAGCUGGCCGCCAGACAGAGGGUUCGAGAAAAGAUUGAAAGGGACAAAGCGGAGAGGGCCAAGAAGUAUGGCGGCACUGUGACUUCUCAGCCAACCCCAGCAGCGGCAGAGCCGGGCCCUGUGCCUUCCUCUCCCAGCCAGGAGCCCCCCAGCAAGCGCGAGUAUGACCAGUGUCGUAUCCAGGUCAGGCUGCCAGAUGGGACAUCACUGACCCAGACCUUCCGGGCUCGGGAACAGCUGGCAGCUGUGCGGCUGUACGUGGAGCUCCACCGAGGGGAGGAGUCUGGGGGAGACCAGUACCCUGUGCAGUUGCUCAGUGGCUUCCCCAGGCGGGCCUUCUCGGAGGCUGACAUGGAACGGCCUCUGCAGGAACUGGGACUCGUGCCUUCUGCUGUCCUCAUUGUGGCCAAGAAGUGUCCCAGCUGAGAGGCCUUCAUCUCGCCAUUCUUUAAUCUCUCCAUCUUUGUAAAGCACUGACACCUCCCUCCCAAUAAAUAGACCCGCUGAGUUCUGUA